AUGGCAGGAAGCGUCAUUGGCACAUCGUCCUAUUCAGAAGCAAUGGAUCUAUCUGAUUUGGAGGAAGAGAAUGGGUAUAGCCAUUAUGAGGGCAUGCAUCAUUCGUCCGAGACAUUGCCUACAAUGAACAAUAUAGAAGAGCAGCAAGCACAGCAGCAGCCACCCCCACAUCAACAACAGCAGCAAGAGCCACCCGUCAAGAUCCGGAAGAAGCCAGGCAGAAAGCCCAAUCCAGCAUCGCCAGCCCUGCGAAAAGCGCAGAACAGAGCAGCACAGAGAGCAUUCAGAGAGAGAAAAGAACGACACAUGAAAGACCUCGAAUCCAACAUCAAGGGUAUCAAAGACCAUCGUGAUAGACUACUGCAGGAAAACGAGAAAAUGUCAAGUGAAAAUGAGAUUCUGAAAGCAGAGAAUUGGUAUUUGAAGGGCAUUGUUUUGUCGCUUCAGUUGGUGUGUCUUCAACACAAUCUAGUGAUACCACAGCAUUGUCCGCAUGUCAAUGAUGAAACCUUGUCUGUGUUGGCGCAGUCCAUACCAGAAUCCAUCAGCUCCUACUUGAAUGUUAAUUCCAGAAACAAGCUUCAAAUAUCACAAAAACUCAUGAACGAAUCACCCGAAUUAUCCAAUUUGCACUUGCAAUCACAACAGCCACUACCACAACAGCCACUACCACAACAGCCACUACCACAACAGCAGCAGCAACAACAGCAACAGCCUUUUCCUCAUCAAUUCCCCUCUGGAUCGUUGAUCAUCACGCAGGAUGGCGUGCAUAAAGUGCCCAAUAAGCAUGGCAACGGCUCUCCUCAUCAACAGCAGCAUUCCAAUAGCUGGUAUCAUCAGCAGAGUAACGGAAAUGGAGCACCCAGCAUCCAACCACAACACCCUUAUGGCGCUAGCAAUAUGUAUGGAUCACCCAAUUCUGCACACACGUCUGACGAAUUUAAUAAUCUUCCACCGCUAUCGCCCAUGUCGUCCUCUGCCAUGACAGACAGAUCAGACAAUGCCAGCAAAAACAAGUUUAGUGCAGAGAACAGCCGGGAAUUACCGCGUCCUAGUAUUGUGGCAGCACCCUCUGAACCCAUCACAUCCAAUCUAGCAGCCAUUCAGACGCUGCGUCUUCGUUUGAGACUACAAUCUGCCUGUGUCCGCAUGCAAUCCAUUCCAUUCGCCAUUCAGCCUACCUUAUUGCAACUGACGAUUCCUCACGAUCCCAGAAUUGACCUUAUACCGACACCCCAUAUGCGCGAUAGAAUGAUCUUGUACCGAGAUCAGUUUGAUUUGGACGACUGCUUCCGCUGUUUGUUGAGUGGAUCCGUAUUUCAUGGUGGUGAUCCAGCGGUGGCUGGCAACUGGCAAUUGCCCGAGGAGUUCUUUAAAAAGUAUUGGUUUUUGACCAUUGAUUACAACUUGAGAAGGUAUACAAACGAGUGGCGAAAGAAGCAAGGACUGAAGGAGAUCAAUGGGAAUCUACCAACAUUGGAAGAGUCUCCACAGCAACAGCCACAAUCAUCCUCUGUAAAUACAAGCGCAUCAUCUCAAUUCACCCCGCCCGUGCUGCCGCCACACACAGGGUCGUCACCACACAUCCAAUCCAGCAUGUAUGCUCAACCACCGGCAUUGCAACAUGUACCUCAGCCUAUGGAUAGGCGCUCUUUGACGUAUGAUGACCUAUCCAGUUAUUUGGGUAUGCAGUUGGAGAGUUCAAGGACUACUCCAGCUACCAACACGUCAACCGCUACCACCACCACAUCCAGCAUAAAUCUUACACCUGUUCAGCUGACAAAUGGCUAUGGAAAUAUGAUGGGAUCCACUUCACAGCCGCGGCCAAAGCCACAAUCUGCUUGGGAGAGCCUCAUUGGGAGUAGGAAUUAUGACAUGAUGAUGACUGGAUCGUACAACGAAAAUGAUAUGGAUCAGCAGCCUAAUUAG